AUGAAUGAUGCAGGAGAAAAAAGAGGCGGCGGUGGAAGAAGAGGAAGAGGAGGAGGAAGGAGAGGGGGAGGCGGCUGCCACCGCCGCGGCUGUUCCUCUGAAGCACAAAUCCUCUGCAACUCUUCCAGUAGGAGGAAAAGCAGCUUUGCCGCUGUGAGCUUACAUCACAAUCCCAGCUCUGUCGGCCGCCGCUUUUCUGAGCAGCAGGCAGGCGGGGAGCAUCUCAGCGAGCCCGGCGGGGACGGCCAGCGGCGACAUCAUCAGCGGCAGCAGCAGCAGCCCGAGACGAAGCGGAGGAAGAUGCGGGCGGGCGGAGCCGGCGAGGGCCAGGCGCCCCCUAGGAUUGCCCCGCCGCAGCCGUCCCCUCACCCCGGCCCCCGGCCUCCGCUCUCCACCUUCCUGCCCUCGGCCCAGCGCUCCGCUGAGACGCUGCGUUGGGACGAGGUGCCCGACGACUUCGUGGAGUGCUUCAUCCUCUCGGGCUACCGGCGGCUGCACUGCUCGGCGCAGGAAUGCCUGGCCUCGGUGCUGCAGCCCACCAACGAGACGCUCAACUUCUGGACGCACUUCAUCCCUUUGCUGCUUUUCGUCGGCAAAUUCUGCCGUCUGCUGGUCUUGCGCGAGGCCGGCGACCUGCCUUUCCAUCACCCGGCGCUGCUGCCGCUGUGGUGCUACGCCUCGGGCGUGCUGCUCACCUUUGCCAUGAGCUGCACGGCCCAUGUGUUUAGCUGCCUCUCGCUACGCCUGCGUGCCGCCUUCUUCUACCUGGACUACGCUUCCAUCAGCUACUACGGCUUCGCCAGCACGGUGGCCUAUUACUACUACCUGCUGCCCAAGCUGAGCUUGCUGGAGCCGCGCAUGCUCAGUCGCUACCUGCAGCAGCGCCUGGGCUGGCACGUGGACUGCAGCGCGCCCAUCGCCGCCUACAGCGCGCUGGUGCUCCCGGUCGCCUUCGCUCUGGCCGUGGCCUGCACCGUGGCCUGCUGCAAGAGCCGCUCCGAGUGGUGCGCCUACCCCUUCGCCAUCCGCACCUUCGUCUUCGUCAUGCCGCUCAGCAUGGCCUGCCCCAUCAUGCUGGAGAGCCUCUUCUUCGACCUGCAGGACCACAACCCCACCCUCUUCCUGUACUUCUACCGCCGCUACUUCUGGCUGCUGGUGGCUGCUUUCUUCAACGUCAGUAAGAUCCCCGAGCGGAUCCACCCGGGCCUCUUCGACAUCAUCGGCCACAGCCACCAGCUUUUCCACAUCUUCACCUUCCUUAGCAUCUACGACCAGAUGUUCUACGUCGAGGAAGGCUUGCGGCACUUUCUUCAAAACCCUCCGCCCACCUCGCCUACGUUUGCGGGCACCGUCGGCUACAUGCUGGGCUUGAUACUGUGCCUUGCUCUGGUCAUCCGGAGAUUUUUAAAUGGCCAGGAGGUUUGCAAACAGGAAUGA